CCACUGUCUUCUUGUUCGUCAGCCAGUCGGGGAGGGCAGCUCUCUGCCUGGCUGAUGGUUCUGGGGCCUAGCUCGCUCUCUGCUGAAUGAAUUCCCCUGGAAGAUGGAUCAUGGUGGGCUUCUGGCUGGCUUGGUACUCGUUGUCCUUCUUCCUCAAGUGUGUUCCUUCAAGAUAAAUGUUGAGGAAAUGGAAGACAGUGUAUCAUUGCUUUGCAAUACCACUAUUAGUUGGAUUGAGGGCACAGAGGGAACACUGAUGGAAGACAAUAAAAGACUGAAUUUGGGAAAACGCAUCUUGGACCCACGAGGACAAUAUUUAUGUGGCAAACAUGGUUCAGACAACGACGGCUAUGUCUUGCAAGUGUAUUACCGAAUGUGCCAGAACUGUGUGGAGCUGGACUCGGCCACCCUGGCUGGCAUCAUCAUCACUGAUAUCAUUGCCACCCUGCUUCUCGCUCUGGGAGUCUACUGCUUUUCUGGACAUGAGACUGGAAGGAUCUCUGGGACUACAGACACUCAAACUCUAUUGAGCAAUGACCAGCUCUAUCAGCCCCUUCGAGAUCGGGAUGAUGCUCAGUACAGCCGUAUUGGAGGAAACUGGCCUCGGAACAAAUGACUCCCAGAUUGGUGCCUUUUGAAGAUGUCAUUUAUCAACUUUUCCUCAUUGCUCAGGCAAUAAAGAUGUCCUCUUUCAUUCA